CCGUACUGGGGAGUGUUUCUCGGUCAAACAACAAAAACAUGUCUGAGUGUGACAGACUGCACCGUUAGUCGGUAGCUUUUGAGCCACCCCGCUGUCACCGCUGCGAUCCGACCGACUGCUAUAUGGUUCCCGUCGUGUUCACGGCAGAUAACCCAGAGAGAUGCCACAUAAAGCACUGGGAUCCAUUGUAGGUCUUCUCUGUACCGGGACCUGUCUGGUGCAGGGGAAGGAGUUCUGUUCGGGGGUAAAUAAUGAGCAGUACCGCUGUGAGAUGGGGUACUGCUGUGGCGAGACAGAGUGCUGCACUUACUACUACGAACUAUGGUGGUUCUGGUUGGUAUGGACGCUAAUCAUAAUGCUCAGUUGCUGCUGUGCGUAUCGACACCGGAGAGUUAAAAUGCGUCUGCAACAGGAGCAACGACAACGUGAGAUCAGCCUAAUGGCCUAUCAGGGUGCUUCUACCUCCUUCAUUACCCCUCCACCACUCAAUUUAAGAUUCUGGAAUGACUGCAAGCUUCCCGACUACGAAGAGGUGGUAGGGCACCCUCCGACCCCCCCUCCCCCGUACUCUGAGAACCCUCCUGAGUCAACUCCGGCGAUCCCCCCCCAAAUUAGCCAGCCGGUCUCGGUGUCCGUGCCUCAAAUGUUGCCUGGAGCAGAGCCAGCGGCGGACCGCCAGGCGUCGGGCUUCUCCCCAGACGCGGGGGCCAUGCCCCAGCCGGUCCAACCACCGUGCCGGGAAGAGGGGAACGUAGACGUUGUGCUGCUGGGGGCCGCGGCGGAGGAGGAGGAGGAGGAGGAGGACGAGGAGCUUGUAACUCGACGCCGGCAUGUGACCGGCGACUCAGGGAUUGAGGUGUGCGUUUGCCAGCUGGACGUAGACGAGGGCUCAGGGCUGGAGGAAGAAAGCGACGAGGAGAACCGGAUGUGCAAAGGCGCCGGCAGGGACUGCUGCUCCGGACACCCGCAGGAGGCCUUCAGACCCAAGGAGUGCACCUCCGAGCCGCCUAGCCAGGCGGCCAACACCAGCACUGGAGACCACAUGGUGUGAUCCGCAGCGUAAUUAACCAGCACAGCGAUGCAGCUUCCAGCCUCACACAGGGUGAUAACCAUUGGCAUCAUCGUUGGCACGGGGGGACGUCUAAGCUUUAGUUCCCUGGACUAAUAUUAACACCAUGAUGAUGUCGACUAAUCAGUUCUGGCUUUUGUUUAGGACAGAUACGAUGAGAAUGUGGGCAAAGCCUGAUUUUUAUUUAGUCUUUUUCCAAUGCUUUUCACAGCGGUGGAUCCAGCAAACAUUUAGAUGCUCUGUUGGGUCAUCAUUUCUUUUUUUUUUUUUUUUUUUACCUUCUGUUCAGUGCGAGAACUUCAUUGAACAGCGAAAAAGAAAGGAAGCGGUUGUUCUGCGGGAUUGAAAGCAGAAGUGGCCGUUUCCCUCGCCGUCUCUGCCGCGGCGCUGCUUUCACGUUUUCAUUUCUGUCCCCAAAAAGCCCCCUCGCAGAGACUCGGCCCGCGACGGCCGUCCAGAAGCAGGCGGGAAACAUCUGCGGGGUCCCCGCCGUGACCGAGCAAACGAGGGAUGAACAAACGUCUUCAACGGCCAGCUUGAUUUAGCAAAAAAUUAGAAUCAGAUUGUUUUUUUUGUUGUUGGAUUUUUCUGAGUCCUCGCUGUGAAAUCUGGGUCACAGCUGCACGGCGACGUCAUCUCUUAAGGUCACGGUUGGGAGGGGGACUAAACACUCGGGCAGAGCCUCUCGUGUUUUAAACGUCACUCUGAUCUCUUCUUCCGGUCUGCUAUCCAUACUGUUGUCACCAGGGCUGCGCGGUGUCUAAUUCAAAUGGUGAAAGUGGUGCUCUUCAUUGUAGCUGUGUAUCGGUUGUUGUGCAUGUAUGCAUGCGACCUCCUCCCUUCAGUUCCUAGCUGCAGUAAAUUCAUAGUACUAACAGGAGGAAGUUUGUAGUCCAACUAAAGUUUUUCGGGGGGAGCUCAACGUCGGUGUUUUAUUUAACUUGUGCUCUCUGAGGGGAUUUUUUUUAUUUUUUAUUAUGUCGAUAUUGAAGGAUUUUGUCGCUCUUUGCUUUUUCAUCACAUACGCAGCUAUGCUUGGGUAAACGCCACAGGUUUCAGCCUUCCCCUGACUGGCUGUGGGGGCGUACGCCGCUUGUAAAGAAACGUUGACAUGUAUGCUUUUGAGAUCACUGACGUGGCGUAACACUUUAAAGCACUGAUUGUUGUUUCUUUUAUCUUUUUCUUUUUUUUUUUGGGUUUGGUUUGGUUUUGCACGAGGCAUGACUUGGGUGUUCAUAUUCGAGUGAGUCGUCCGAUCCGAUCGUUUUCAGUGCUCGCUUUGCUCGUCAUUCACAGUGAUCUUGGCCUGCAGCGGCUGAUAAAGUCAGCAAAAAAACUAUUGAGAGGUUACAAAUAAAUAAAUAAAGAUGGGUUGAUUCAU